CUUGUCGGUGCAUUGUGGGAAGACUUCCGUUGAUGCGCACGCCUAAUCAGUGUUUUGGGAAGCAAAGAAAAUUUUUCGAUGCUCUGAAGAUGAGCCUCUGUCACCAAACUCAUUCCUUGUUGUAAAGAAAGAAAAAAUGCUGUUUUCGCCAUAAAUCCAAGGCUACCAGUGCCUGGAUGAAAUUAAUCCUCAAUUCUCAGAAAUAAGUCAGCGACAAGACCUGCGAAGAAAGUUACAAUGACGCCAGGAGCCCAAACAGCCUUGCACACGUUCUCUUACUGAGUUGAAAUGAACCAUAGUGGGCAGUUAGGCCAGUUCCCGCCCCAGCUAGACCCCGGGGGGAAUACGGCCACUGGUCAGUUUCAGACUUUGGACGCAGGGACUAACACCGGUCAACAUCUCCGGCCUCUAGAGAUUGGAGGUGGUACUGGUCAGUUCCGUCAACUGGACACUGCUGUUGUGAACAGGCGAGGCGGUCAGUUCCAGACGCUGGACACCAUGAAUCACACCAGCGGCAGCGGUCAGUAUCAUGUGGUUGACCAGAGGGUGGUCAUUACAGCCCCACAGAUAGCCACUGCGGUGGACACUUCCCUAGGUGUCAGCACAGAAGUGAAGUCAGGUCUGAUGUUACCCAAAGGUUUAGAUGAUCUCCCUUCUGCACAAGAGAUGCCUCGAGAAAGACACCGAUGGAACACCAAUGAGGUGAGCACACUGUGGACUACACUAUGUGCCUUUUAUUUUGACUUGUAA